AUGAAGUCGGCGCUUUGUAGCCGCUUCUUUAUCCUCCUGCCCUGGAUCCUGAUCGUCAUCAUUAUGCUGGACGUGGAUCCCCGCAGGCCCGCGCCCCAACUCACUUCGCGCCCUUACUUCUCUCCCCACACAGUGGGCUGCGGGGGUUCCCGAGUCCCGCUCCGACGGAGCAGCCUAGGGCGUGACGCUGCCGAGAAGCGCAACGAGUCCCGGCCUCCGCUGCAGCCGGAGCCGCGGUUGCCCACCAUCUAUGCCAUCACGCCCACCUACAGCCGCCCGGUGCAGAAAGCCGAGCUGACCCGCCUGGCCAACACGUUCCGCCAGGUGGCGCAGCUGCACUGGAUCCUGGUGGAGGAUCGAGCCACACGCAGCGAGCUGGUGAGCAGCUUCCUAGCGCGGGCCGGGUUGCCCAACACGCACCUGCACGUGCCCACGCCGCGGCGCUACAAGCGACCGUGGCUGCCGCGCGCCACGGAACAACGCAACGCGGGCCUCGCCUGGCUGCGCCAGAGGCAUCAGCACCAGAGCGCGCAGCCCGGAGUGCUCUUCUUCGCCGACGACGACAACACCUACAGUCUGGAGCUCUUUCAGGAGAUGAGGACCACCCGCAAGGUUUCCGUCUGGCCUGUGGGCCUAGUUGGCGGGCGACGCUAUGAACGUCCGCUGGUGAAAAAUGGCAAAGUUGUCGGCUGGUACACCGGGUGGAGAGAAGACAGGCCUUUUGCCAUCGACAUGGCAGGAUUUGCUGUGAGUCUGCAAGUCAUCUUGUCCAAUCCUAAAGCUGUAUUUAAGCGCCGUGGAUCCCAACCAGGGAUGCAAGAAUCUGACUUUCUAAAGCAGAUAACAACAGUUGAAGAACUGGAACCAAAAGCUAGUAACUGCACCAAGGUUCUCGUGUGGCACACUCGGACAGAGAAGGUCAAUCUAGCCAAUGAGCCAAAGUACCACCUGGACACAGUGAACAUUGAGGUGUAG